AUGGAGGGUGCAGCUGCUGGCCUCCCGCUCCGGGCUGCAGUGGGUCACAUCUGUCAUCGCUCCCAGGACACCCGCAGCCCUGCUUUAUGGAGGCCGUGGAUGCUCACAGCAAGAGACAGUGAGAUGACAGAGAAUCGACAAAUGUCAGAACUGGAUGGUCAACUAAUGAAUUUUAGAUCAAAAGGAGCCCUGGGGUUUCAACAUCCAGUGAGACUUUAUUUGCCCAAGUCCAAAUCCCAAAAGUUUCUUAAUAACAUCGGAGAGAAGGUUCUGGCAAGCUUUCCAGUACAAGCUACAAUUCAUUUCUACAAUGAUGACGCUGACUCUGAGGAAGAUGAAGAAGAAAUCAGUUCAGCCUAA